CGCUAACAUCACUUCUGCUUUCCUAGGAUUCGGCGCCAAUACACAGACACAGCCCAACUCCUUGUUCGGUGCGGGGCAGAAUCGCACCAGCGGCUUCGGCAGCACUCCGGGACCCAGCACCGGCGGUAGUUUGUUUGGGUCAACCAACACAUCGGCUACAACAGGUAAUACCGGCUUUGGCGGCUUUGGCUCCGCUGUGAACACCGGCGGUGGCUUUGGCAGCAGUGCUGGAGGUGGUGGACUGUUCGGUGCCAACAAACCUGCCACCGGUUUCGGUAGCACCGCUGGUACUACCGGCUUCGGAGCCAGCGGUGGCGCCAGCACCAGCGGGUUUGGAAGCGGAGCAGCACCGGCUUUUGGUGGUGGUAGCGGUACCGCUUUCAACCAAGCUGUACCUCCCUCCGAAGGCACCGGCAGCACCCCGUUCACUCCCUUUACAGAGAAGGACGCCGCCAGCACCACUACCAAUCACUAUCAGAGCAUCGUGUUCAUGCAGCCUUACAGCAAGUAUUCGUUCGAAGAGCUUCGGUUAGGCGAUUACAACGGAGGCCGUCGCUUCGGCAACGGAAGUGGACAAGCAGGCGCCUUUGGCGCUUCCGCCUUCGGCAGCUCUGGCUUCGGUGGUCAAACUCAAUCCACUGGAUUUGGAGCUGGAAACACCUCAUCACCGUUCGGCGCAAACACAAGUGCCCCGUCGGCCUUCGGCAGCCAGACCCAAACCACAGGCGGCUUUGGCAGUAGUAAUACCUCCAAUCCGUUGUUCGGAGCUCAGAAGCCUGCCAACACUUUAUUCGGCGGCGGAACGCCAGCUGCUGCUGCUGCUACUACGCAGUCGGGCCUGUUCGGCAGUAACACGGCAACAUCGGGUGGCUUUGGAAACACUGCCGGGAGCACUGGAUUCGGGUCCGGGGGACUGUUCGGCAACAGCGCCAACAACACCCAGCAACAGAACAAAUCUCUCUUUGGCGGAGGUAGUACCUCCACCGGCGGGGGCGCAUUCGGCGGCUUUGGCGCACAGAACACGAGCGCAGCCUCUCCAUUUGGCGGCACCGCAGCUACGUCUUCUCCGUUUGGAGGCCAACAGCAGCAGUCGAGCGGUGGUUUGUUUGGUAGUGGUACCGGCUUUGGCCAGCAAAACCAGGCUCAGAAUCAGGCACAGACCCCGAACAAAGGGCUAUUUGGUGGAUUUGGUGCUAACACACAACAGCAGCAGACGAGCACCCCGAGUCUUUUCGGCGGCAGCAACACCGGCACCGGCACCGGCACCACCGGCACCUCCCUCUUCGGUCAAAACCAGCAGACCCAACAACCUGCGAGCGGCGGUUUGUUCGGAGGCAAUACCACCCAACAACCAGCCCAAUCGAACUCUCUUUUCGGCGGAUCGCAGCAGCAAGGUCAGAAGAGCCUGUUCGGAGGAGGUACGACGGGCACGGGCACGGGCACGGGCACGAGUGCAUUUGGAGGGUUCGGCAACACACAGAACCAGCAGACUGGUGGUGGCUCGAGUCUCUUCGGCGGCGGUGCGGCCCAGCAACAGCAGAAGCCGAGUCUCUUCGGUGGAGCUGGAGCCUCGGGCGGCAGUCUCUUCGGAGGCGGCGCAAGUACCGCGGCCCCGGCUGCAACUGGGUCCCUCUUCGGCGGCGGCGCGAGCCAGAACCAACAACCGACUACCCUGGGAGCCUCCAGCCUCUUUGGUGGCAGCCAGUCUCAAUCCGCACAGCAGUUGGGUCAACAACCCGCCCCUGGUAGUCUGCAGGCCUCCCUGCUGGAAGGAAAUCCCUACGGCAACCAGUCUAUCUUCUCUGGUCUGCCAGCACCCAGCGCUGCAAGCCCCGGCCCCUUGGCCACGCCGCUGUCUUCCUCCAACAAGCAGAAGCAACGCACUCCUCUUCCCGUUUACAAGAUCACCCCCACCGCCGCAAAUCGCCUUCUGACCCCCCCCAAGCGUGGCUACGGUUUUUCAUACUCCACAUACGGAUCUCCUUCGAGCACCGCGAACACUCCAGGCGGACUUGGUGGUAGUGUCCUUGGUGGCAGCAUGCGUAGCAGCUUCAAUGCUAGCAGCCUGGGCCGCACCAGCUUCAGCAAGAGUCUUUCGACCAGUAACCUACGAAAGACAUUUGAUCCUGAAGCCGAUAGUGUUCUUUCCCCCGGUGCCCUCUCUUCCGGUAGCUCUCGCCUGUCUAGUGGAAGCCUGAAGCGUCUGACUAUCGACCGAAGCCUCCGGAAUGACUUGUUCACGCGCUCGACCAGUACUCCUCCUCCUGCAGCCAUCACUAACGGUGAAGAGACUGCCGCUCCUGUGGACAAGGGAAAGAAGAAGGUCAGCUUUGAAUCGUCCUCCGAGGUUGCACAGACUGGCGGGGAGAUUGUGCCCGUCGAAACCCAAAGUCCCGAGCCGACUCCCGAGGAGCUGGGAUUCCUGCGUUCCGUCCGCAAGAGUGGCACAAUCAACGGCGUCAAUGGAACCAAGACCCCGGAGAUUGCUGCUCGUCCUGAGAUGGAGUCCGUGCGCAACAACGAUUUGCCCGCUGCCUCGGAGCCUGCGCAACCGACCGCGACCAACGCCGCCCCCAAGCAGCUCUCUUUCAUUCCCGGCGGAGAUCCGCAGCCUGGAGAGUACUUCAUGAAGCCUACUCGCGCCGAGCUUAGCAAGAUGAGCCGCGAGCAACUGAAGAAGGUGGUGGGUUUCACCGUGGGACGCGAGAACUGCGGUCAGGUGACUUUCGAUGAACCCGUGGAUCUGACCACCAUCGAUCUGGACAAUGUCUGCGGCGGUCUUGUCGACAUCGGCGUGCGGAAGAUCACCGUCUACCCUGACGAAACCAUUAAACCUCCUCGGGGUAAGGGCUUGAACGUCCCGUCCAUCCUUCGUAUCGAAAACUCCUGGCCCCGUGGCCGCGACAAGAAGUCGCCCUCUCCCUUGACGAGUGGCCCGUUGUUCGACAAGCACGUGGACCGGUUGGUCAAGGUGCACAACACCGAGUUCAUCGACUACGAAGUGGAAACCGGCACGUGGGUUUUCAAGGUUCCUCAUUUCACCACCUAUGGUCUUGAUUAUGAUAGUGAUGAGGAAGAAGAAGGUGAGAGCCUAAACCAAAGCACUUUGAGUGCUGCUCCUGACACCCCGACUCCGAAGGCCCAAACCCCUGCCAAUCACGACAACACCGUGGGCUCGGAGCAUCUGUCAGCCUUCUCCACUGACGAUUCCUUCCUCGGUUCCGUGGCCGGCGUCGAUGACGACACUUUCGAUUUCAAAAAGCGUAAGAUAGUCCCCGGAGCAUUUGGCCACCAGGCGAUGGAGACGAUGGACGACGAGCACUUGGGCUCGGAAGAGGAGGAAGAAGAUUCUUUUUUAGAGGACGGCUCCACGGGUUCAACUAUUGAGCAAGACAGCGACGACAUCACCGAAAGUAUGGAGACUGUCGAGUCUGAAGUUGAAUUGGAUGAGAGUGAGGAAAUGGACAUGGCGGGCACAUUUCCGGACCUUCAUCAUACCGUGGAGCGCGACGACACCGCAAGCACCGACACAUACAUGGAAGACCCCCGGCUGUCGCUGAAGCCUUGGAAUACUCCGGCGAAGCCCCGUCUGGAUCUAACGGGCGACUGGGCUGCACAGUUGCAGCGAACCAUUAGUCCUCGGAAGCAGAACCGGGAUGCCCUACGUGAGAUCCAGGCGAAUGCCUUCAAUGAACGCUCUCUGCAUGAGGAGACCCAAAAGCAGUCUAUCAGCGAAACCAAGCAGAAGGGUUUCGCAACUAGUAUUGAUCUAAUGAAUUCCCUAUUUCAGCAACCCCGGAGACAACAGACUGCAUCGCCUGUGAAAGUACAAGACGCGCGACCUAAAGGUCCUGAGUGGCCCUACCACAAACAGCCCAAGACUUAUGCCAGCGAGACCAAUGAGUUGAGCGCCGAUGACCUUGCCUUCCACUACUCCUUCAAGCCACGCUGGGGACCUUCAAACGCAUUGCUUUGUGUACGGAACAACGCCGAUUCUGUCGAGGCCGGUCUGAGUUACUGGGAACAUAGUCUCACCGUGACCAGCGAAGGACGUGACGUUUCCGUACUAAAGUAUAGGAAGCCCAAUGAGCCGGUAGCGAUGCUGGACGCCCAGCGCGAAAUCACGAUUAUCAAGCCCGUGGAUGGAGUAGUGCCCUUUGCUCGCCUGGCCCAUGCCGACUUCCAUAGAUUGGCCGCCACAGCCGCAGGCAGUACAUUGGUGGCUGACCAAGAGCGGCUGCUCUGGCAGCUGGCCAACAUCCUGUUCAACGAUGAGCUUGAAGACGAUAUCUCUGUCGGCGUGCCCAAGGAGAUCCGGUCCCAGUUUUCUCACCGUAUUAAGAAAGACCGCCUUACCCGUCUGCUGGAAGAAAUUAUCCGGCAAAAACAGGCCCAGAAGCUGGGCAAGGUGGGUUCCCCAGAGGAACGGGCUGUCAAUCUCCUUUGCGCCCAUCGGGUUGACGAGGCGUGCAAUGUCCUGCUCUCGAGCCAAAAUUUCCACCUCGCCACUCUUGUUUCGCAGAUUGGUCGGGAUGCCACCGUACGGGAAGAUAUGGCCAAGCAAAUUGACAUGUGGCGUCAGAGCAACGCGUACUCGGAGAUGUGUGAGCCUGUGCGCGCUCUGUAUGAACUGUUGGCGGGCAAUGCCCUACGCAGUGAGGGCAAGACUACUGGGGCGCUCGAGGAUCGGAUUUCUGCAUUCACGUUCUCAGAACGAUUCGACUUGGACUGGAUCCAGGCUUUUGGUCUGCGUCUGUGGUACGGGAUCGGUGACGAUGAGCCGCUGGAGAAUGCCGUCUGCAACUUCGUCGAAGAUCUACGUAGUGGUGCUGAAACCGCACUCCCACUACCAGAUCCUUCCCAAUUCUACCAAUCUACCACUGCGCCGGGUCGUGAAUCUCCACUGUGGGUGCUGUUGAAGGCCUAUGCCGCCACUACGGAGGCAGCCCAGAGAAUCGAGUUGGACGGAUUGGAGUUUCCAGCCGCCCUGCUGCCCGAGUCGUUGACGGGUGACCGGCUGACCAACCGCCUGUCCUUCCAACUGUGCCAUUUCCUCGCCGCGGCCGUUGGGCGCAAUGACCAACUCCAGUUCAAUGUGGCUCAGAUGGAUCAGCUCACCUGGGACUAUGCAUGGGAACUCUUCAACUCGGGUGCCCUUGCACGGAGCAUAUUCGUCUUCUCUCACCUCUCUCGCGCUUCUGAUCGGGAACGAGCCAUCAAGGAUAUUCUGGCUCGAAAUGCGCUGUCGCUUCCACACCCGGUCAAAGAGGACGGAUCGCCGAACAAGAUGUGGAAGUACCUCGUCACAGACUCGCAGAUUCCCGAGAAUUGGAUCUGGGUGGCGAAGGCGCUAUAUGCGCGCGACACCGGUAAUGCUGCACACGAGGUGGACUAUUUGGUGCGGGCCAAGAACUGGAACGAUGCGCAUGCCACCUUCUGUCGCAUUGUCGGACCGUCGGCAGUGAUUGAAGGUGACUAUGCCACACUGGAAACGUUGAUCUCAGGCUUUGGUGCCGAACCGGAGCGCAAGGUGCGCGGCUGGGCUCAGGGGGGCGGGAUCUACGAGGAUUUCCUGCAUCUGGCCACGGGGAGAGUAGGCAGGCGAGACCCCGCGCGACUGCAUCGGCUGGUGCAGGCAUUGGUCCAGCUGGGCGAUCAGAUUCGGCAGGGUUCUGGCGUGGAAGGCUUGGAGGAGCGAGUUGCGUUCCGGGAGAUGAGCCGAGCUGUGGCAGGCUGGACGGCACACGAAGACAGCCAGGCCAACGAUCUGUCGAGUGUGCUCAGUCUGCCGCUGACGGGCGAUGCGCGCCUCACGCAGACGGCGGAAAUGAGUCGACGUUACUACGGGGUCAUCAUGGCUGGAGGGUAUUAAUUGGAUGAUGGAUGAAGGCACGCAUGGCAAAAGUCUCCAGUGGUUGGGGCAGUCGUUGGAUUUGAUAUUGUGUUGUCUGGUCGUUCUUGGAUGACCUCUGGUGAAGGGCGUCUUUACUUGUCUUUUUUUCUCUUGUUGCACCCCC